CUUGUCACCUAGUAUUGUCACAAUUGCGGCGCUCAAAUCAGUUAAAAUGCAACUAGCUGUCAUGUCUUUAACACAUUCGGUAAGAGCCAUAUUCCUGAUCAUCGGCAACUGCAUCAUAAGGAUAACGUCCAGGAAGUUCAUAUCCAAAUUGCUGUUAAGGUUACCGUCUCAGCUUUUUCCUCGGUACAGAGUAGUUGUAAGUGGUGUGAUUAUACAAGACAACUUACAGAGAAGGUCGAUGAAGUACCCUCCAGAUGUUUAUAAUAGCAGCUCUUCAGAUGAAGACGACGAUGAAUCAUCUACAGUAACAGGAAAAUGCAAAUGUUGCGUUUUACAAAAAGCUUACUAUCACAGUAAUAUCGAUUAUAGCAACGACAAUGCCGAUGAAUGUGUUAAAGAGGAUCCGGAAUUUUACAAAUAUGCAUCCGACAUUGAAUUUCCAGAGCAAAACUUUGUUGAAAGUACUGAUGGGUAUACCGAAGUUUUUGAGAAAAAUUUUAUAGUGAAACAUAGUUUUGUUCCUGGAACGCCUUGCACUCCACCAUUACGAAGAAUUACAGGUGUAUUUGGAUUUAAUUAUCAGUAUGUUGGUAUUUUACUUGGAGCCGCCCGAAAAUUCCGGCUUUGUGCAUGUGAAUGUUCUUACAGCAACGUUUUGAUAAACAACCCUUAUUUGGUGCUGUUUCAUAACAAAAAUGGAAUCAAUAGUAUGGCUUUUAAAUGCAAGGUUCAUGUUUAAAACAAUAAUGUUGAUAAUCUCAAAAAUAGAAAUUGAGAAUAAUAAAUAUGUUCACGUCAUUGGAAUAAAAAAGAACCAAGGAAACGUUUAUGGAUCAAACCACUACUGUCGUUUUGUAUCCCCUGUAAGUCA